AUGUUGAUACUUAUUGUUGUACUAAUAGUUCAUGGUACAUAUGUCAGGGCGUAUCUUGUACCAUAUACUCAUCUAGAUGCAAGGACUUUCCGUAGUAGAGUCUUUGAGAACUAUGAUCAAUUCUGCAUUAUCUUUGGCAAUGAGCCUUUGCAUUGGGAUGAAUCUGAGCCUUGUGAUGCAGUUAACUAUGAUAUCAAUGUUAGAGAUCCAGGAAGGCAAAUGAGGUGGACAAGUGACAUGGACAGCUGUUUAAGUGCAAUCCUUGUGCAGCAAAUAAAACAAGGCAAUAGAAGUGAAUUUGACUACAAAUUGAGACCUGCUGCCUUAGAAGCAUCUGUGUUGGCUAUUAAUGAAAAGUUUCAGCUUUAUUUGACCAAAGAACACGUGAAAAAUCGUCUUAAAACCUGGAAGAAACAGUAUGAUAUUCUGAAGGAACUUAUGAACCAAAGUGGCUUUGAAUGGGAUGAGAAGCGAAAAAUGAUCAUCGCAAAUGAUUCUGUUUGGAAUGAAUAUAUUAAGAAAAACUCUGAUGCUCGGCUCCUUAAAGGACGAGUUAUCAGAAACUAUAAUGAAUUGUGCAUAAUUAUAGGUCAUUGUGAUCCACAUAGUCCCAUGAAUGGUUCUUGUGCUAUGACUACUGACAAUGGUGUUAUGGAGGUUCAAGAGACAAACUGCCGUAGAACCAACUAUGCAAAAGAAAAAGGAAAGAAUGUGACAUGGACAGAUGAGAUGGAUAAUUUCUUGACGGAGUUGCUAAUCAAUCAAGUAAUGUUGGGAAACAAACUUGAGAAAAAUUUCAAGACCUCUGCAUACAUAGCUGUUCUAACUGUUCUAAAUGAGAGAUUUAGCCUGAAUAUAACAAAAGAAAACAUUAUAAGCCGAUUGAACACAUGGAGGAAACAGUAUGGCCUUUUGAAGGAAAUGCUCUGUCAAGGGAGUUUUGAGUGGGAUGAGGAAUGUAAGAUGGUAGUUGCAACCGACUUAGAAUGGAAUGAAUACAUUAAGAAACAUCCGGAUGCUAGGCAUCUGAGAGACCGGAGAUUAGAGAACUUCCAUGAAUUAGGUAUGAUUGUUGGCAAUGAGCAAGGAAGUGGAAAUUGGUCCGAAAACUUUGAGGGGUUUGACGUUAAUCUUACACCUAACUAUGAAGAACAUGCAGAAACUCCAGCACUGGUGAUGGCUAAUGCAGGGAUUAGCCACGGUGAUAAUGCAAGUGAUGAAGUGCAGGGCUCAUCUGAGCAAACAAGGGCGAGGCCUUCAUCAUCACAAUCACAUUCAGAUCAACCAUCCAAAAGAAGGCGCACUGGUGAUGUUAUGCUACAAAUGAUGAGUGUUAUGGCCGCAGAUAUCAGUCGGAUAGCUGAUGCAUUGACUGAAACUAACAAGACAGUGUGCUUGGAGGAAGUUGUGGAAAAGGUACAAAAUAUGCCUGACUUUGAUGAUGAUCUCAUCAUUGAAGCUUGUGAGUAUUUAUGUUUUGAUGAGAAGAGAGCAUUGAUGUUUUUGAAAUUAGAUGAGAGAUUAAGGAAAAAGUGGUUGUUGAAACGAUUGCGAGGUCAAUAA